AUGGCCACUACCCAAUCUCAAGUCACCAAUGGCACAAACGGCGUCAACGGCGUCAACGGCUCUUCAUCAAGUACCAGCUCCGAUGGACUGCAUAUCAUCAUUGUCGGAGCCGGCAUAGGAGGCCUUACUGCUGCCAUAUACCUCCGAAAGCAAGGCCAUCAUGUCACUCUCCUAGAACAGUCCCGCUUCGCCAACGAAGUAGGGGCAGCCAUGCACCUCGCUCCUAAUGCCAAUGGAUUGUUGCGUCGCGUUGGUUUAUUUGCAGAGGAUAUUGGCGCCAAUCUAGAUUUCCUCGCACAGAUAACCGAGUUUAAUGCAAAGAACGAGCAACUGCGCGAUGUCGACCUUGCAGAAUCAAACAAGCAAUGGCAGCAUCCCUGGCAUUUGGUGCAUCGAGUACGUCUUCAUGAAGAGUUGAAGCGUCAGGCUACUUCUCACGACGGCCCUGGUGUGCCAGCAGAGUUACGGACUUGUAGCCGUGUCGUGGACGUUGAUCCCGCAUCGGCGACAGUCUGGCUAGAGAGCGGAGAUAAGAUCCAAGGGGACCUGGUAAUCGGCGCAGACGGUGUUCACUCCAAGUCCCGCUCCAAGGUUGUGGGCAGAGAAGUCAAGCCUCAUAGCUCAGGCAAGAGUGCAUUCCGCUUCCUCGUUCCUCGCCAGGUUGCCCUUGAUGAUCCAGAGACGGAACGGUUCGCAAAGACCAAUGGGCAGCUGAUUAUUUGGUAUGGCUCAGACAGGCGAGUUGUCAUGUAUCCUUGUGAGGACAAUAAACAGUUCAAUUUUGUCUGCAUUCACCCUCGCGAGGAGAGCGACCCGGGAAGUAUAGAGGAUUGGAGCACCGACGCCAACAAGUCUAUGCUCCUUAAAGUUUACGAGAACUUUGAUCCUGCUCUAGUCAAUCUGCUUGGCAAGGCAGACGCGAGCUCACUAAAGGUGUGGGAGUUGCUGGACAUGGAGGUCCUCCCAUCGUGGACAAAAGAUAGGCUGGCUCUCCUCGGCGACGCUGCCCAUCCAUUUCUGCCCCACCAGGGCCAAGGUGCUGGCGUUGCGAUUGAAGACGCUGCGUCUUUGGCAGUUGUACUCCCACGUGGUACAGUGCCAGAGCAGGUCCCUGAGAGGUUACGGCUUUAUCAGGAGUUCCGCCUAGAACGAGCGCACAAGAUACAACAGUUUUCUCGUCGAGCUGGGCGUGAUUCAGUGGAUAAGGAUUUUGACAUGAUGGAGUACAGCAACUACAACAUGGGCCACGACGAGUGGGAUCACUCCACCGACCGCUUCCGCAAGUGGGAUUGGGCCCAAAAGCCUCAUCUAUACUGGCGAAUGCCCAUCUCGUUCGGCCCCUUCCCAGGUCCACGUCAGACCUUCGAAGGCAAGCCACGAGUUGCCACUCAUUCAACAUUCACUACUGCGUCCAUCAAAUUCAAGACGUCACGCACCGUUCUGCAAAACCUGUUUCCGUCGUCCUCUUUCCGCUUCAAGAGCCCCGGCACAGUUGCGUACGCGAGCGUCUCGCAGACAACGCUGAACAAGAUGGAGUGGCUUGGCGGCUCGGGGUAUCGCCACAUAGGACUGUACAUCCAUGGUGUUCAGUAUGUUCAGAAGGACGGAACAGUGCUGAAUGGCACCUUUUUGCCUCUGUUAUUCGAGAGCCUUACCGAUCCCAUCGUCAGUGGCCGGGAAGAACUGGGCAUGCCAAAGCUGUAUUGCUCCGUCGACAUCUGGCGCCGGACAAAUAGCUACAGAGUUCAGACUGGAUGGCAAGGCGUCCAAUUCGGGUCUCUUACACUGGAUGGUCUGAGGGAAGCUGACCCGAGUUCCUCUAAGGGUACCAUUGGUGGAGAGGAUGAUGACGGAAUCUUCGCCUACAAAUACAUUCCCAAGGUGGGAGAACGCGGCCAGGCAGAUGCGGAAUACGCCACCUUUGUGCCCCAUGCUGAAGAGUCCAAGGUCGUACCAAGCAAGGUACUGAGAAUCUUCACCGCGGACAAGGCGAGCUUCGAGUUUGAUCCGCACGAUUGGGAAGCUUUGCCCACCCUUCACCACGUGAUAUCCAGGCUGGCUGAAAUCCCGAUCUACGAGGUGGUCGGUGGAAAGGUAGUGGAAGGCGUUGGUGUACCGGAUGUGUCCAGUGCUCGGCGGAUUAAUUGA